AUGGCUGCCCAAUAUGGUGUAAUCAUUGACAUACAGAAGAAUACUGAUUAUGGAUAUGCUACCAAGACGUAUGGUCAUAAUGGCCAACAGGUUAGGCUAGACAAGUCUGAGGAUCCUCUUGGCUUCAUAAAACUCACACAUACUUCAGCUAAUGGAAGACCUGGAAUUCCUUUUACUGUUAAUAAGAUUCAAUAUGGGUCUUCUGAUACUAAGGACCAUACAGCAAAACUAGGAAUAUACUAUGGUGAAAACAUUAAACAUCUAGCAGUGUGGUACUGGUUCGAAGACGGUGGUAUGAAUAAACCUCUUUUGGUAGAGGUAGAGAAGGAAGGUGGGACGUUUGUUUAUAGCUCUAACAAGGGAGAUGAGAGUACUAUUGAAUGGAGUCCAUUUAAUAAUAAUUCUCAACCACUUUCCGGUGAGCCCCUUGAGCAGGAACUAGACGACCUUAAUUGCCAACUUAAUGAAGCAGUUACCAUGGAUCUUACCAAAAAAUCAUCUAAGAAACAUGCCAGUAGUAGAAAUAAUACAUAUUGUUGCGGUUACCAUGAAAAGAAUGAAGGUGGUAAAAUCUCCGUUACUGAGGAUAAAGUUUUCUGUGCACAAAAGGGUCAUAACUCAAGCUCUGCUUCAUACUACAAACACUUCAUUAAUAGUCCUGGUUUUAAACUAGCUGCUAUCAAGUACUACAAUUAUCGUAGCACUAAUACUCCAAGAAAGAGGAUAACUACUUCUAGGCUAAAUUUUCCCAUAAGUGUCUACGCAUUUUACUCUUCGAAGGAAAAACCAGCAUUAAUAUAUAUAGAUGACGGUAAACAAAACAAUAUCAAGGGAUGGUAUAGGAGCAAUAGACAUGGUGAUGAGCAAUCAUGGCUAAAAAGUAAUAAACAACUUAAGGGUAUAAAACCGAAUACUUUUAAGAAUCUCACUUGUCAACAAUGGACCACCCUUAGAGAAGUACUUAAGAAGCGUGGUGUAAACCUAUUGGCCUGUACUCAAGAUGUCAAUAAACAGCCAGACUCACAAAGACAAGCUGAAGUAGAUCCUCAGCAAGAACUAGGACAAACUGUAGACCAAGAAGAGGGGGAAGAAGAAGAUUCUGAGGAGGGUGAACUCCUUGAUGAGGGAGAUGAGGAUGAAGAUGCUGAAGAUGGACCUCCUGCUCUUAAUUCUAGUGAUAAAGCCAGUAGUAGAGAUUAUGCCAAGAUUGACGAGGUUAAAGUUCAAGUUAGAGAUACCCUUAGUGAUAUAGGUUCAAUCCUCUCAGAUGGGCUCUUAUAUGCGGUAUUAAAUCUCUUUUCUUAUGAUUAUUCUGGAUCUCAAGCUAAAGAAGGUCUUUAUGGAGCUCCUGGAGAAACUACUGGACCCGAUCCUGUUGGUGGAGAAUCUUCUGAACCUACUUCUGGAAGUGCUUUUACAUAUACCAGAACUCAACAACUUCAAGGAGGCCAUCCUGAUGAUGGAACUACUUCUCCUGUUAUUGGCAGUAGUCUUCUUACUGGCAGUUCCGCACUAGCUGGAUACUUCUUUGCUGGAACUGCAGGAUCCGGUGCAGCUGGUCUCGCGGGAUGGAAACUCUAUAAUAAGUUUAAAGGAGAUCCCUGGGUUCGGCAAAUAUGA